UCUCUCACGUAAAGAAAAAUAGUAAUGUGUCUAUGUUUUUUUUUUUUGUGAUUUCACUUUUAUAACGUAAAUACACAGCUAAAUCAAUAUUAUUUAUUAACACUAUAAUAUCCCCCAUCAAUGUGAUCUCCUCUUUUUCGAUUUCAUUUUGUUGUAGUUUUAAGUAAAGAGUUUCUUUCUUUUUUUUCUCCAGGAGAUUUGGACUUUGAAUGAGAUAUGGGAAUAAUCAGCACAAUAUUGGGUACGUUUGGUUUCGGAUUCGGAACGACGAUCGGAAUCUUGAUCGGUUACUACUUGUUCAUCUAUCACCAAUCUACCGAUGUUCAGGAUCCUGAGAUAAAGCCAUUGAUGGAGUUAGAUUCAGAAGCUAUUGCAAAAAUGUUCCCUGAAAUACCUUUGUGGGUGAAAAAUCCAGAUUUUGAUCGUAUUGACUGGCUUAACAAGCUCAUUGGCUAUAUGUGGCCUUAUCUAGACAAGGCUAUUUCUAAUAUGGCAAAGUCUAUUGCAAAACCAAUUAUUGCUGAACAAAUUCCAAACUACAAAAUAGAUUCAGUUGAAUUUGAAAUGCUCACUUUGGGUUCACUACCACCAACUUUCCAAGGAAUGAAAGUUUAUGCAACUGAUAACAAAGAGCUAAUCAUGGAGUUGUCAGUAAAGUGGGCUGGGAACCCCAAUAUACUUGUUGCAGCUAAAGCAUUUGGGUUAAAAGCCACUGUCCAGGUGGUUGAUUUGCAAGUCUAUGCUACCCCAAGGAUUACUUUGAAGCCAUUGGUUCCAUCAUUCCCCUGUUUUGCCAACAUAUUUGUCUCCCUUAUGGAUAAGCCACAAGUAGAUUUUGGACUGAAGUUACUAGGUGCAGAUGUGAUGGCAAUCCCUGGCUUGUACCGAUUUGUCCAGGAACUCAUUAAAGAUCAGGUUGCUAACAUGUACCUAUGGCCAAAGACUUUGUGUGUACAGAUCAUGGAUCCUUCUACUGCAAUGAAGAAGCCUGUUGGAUUGCUUAACGUGAAUGUCAUAAAGGCAAUAAAGCUUAAGAAGAAAGACUUUCUCGGUGGAUCAGACCCUUAUGUGAAACUAACACUCUCUGGAGACAGAGUUCCUGGUAAGAAGACAGUUGUUAAACACAGCAAUCUAAACCCUGAGUGGAACGAAGAGUUCGAUUUAGUUGUUAAAGAUCCAGAGAGCCAAGAAUUGCACCUCAUUGUUUAUGACUGGGAACAGGUUGGUAAACAUGAUAAGAUAGGAAUGAAUGUGAUUCCACUUAAAGACCUUACACCAGAGGAGCCAAAACUCAUGACACUUGAGCUGUUGAAAUCCAUGGAACCAAACGAGCCAGUUAGCGAGAAAUCGCGUGGACAGCUCGUUGUGGAAGUGGAGUAUAAACCUUUUAAGGAAGAUAACAUUCCAGACAACUUAGAUGAUCCAAAUGCAGUAGAGAAAGCACCAGAAGGCACACCUUCUGGUGGUGGAUUGCUUGUGGUUAUUGUUCACGAAGCUGAAGAUUUAGAAGGCAAAUACCACACGAAUCCUUACGUUCGUUUGCUGUUUAAAGGAGAAGAACGUAAAACAAAGCGUGUGAAGAAGAAUAGAGAGCCGAGAUGGGAUGAAGAUUUUCAGUUUCCAUUAGACGAGCCUCCCGUAAACGACAAGCUUCACGUUGAAGUCAUAAGUACUUCUUCACGAAUGGGCUUGAUUCAAUCUAAGGAAGCUCUUGGGUACGUAGUGAUUAAUCUUGCUGAUGUGGUGAGUAAUCGGAGAAUCAACGAUAAGUAUCAUCUGAUCGAUUCCAAGAAUGGUCGGGUUCAGAUUGAGCUUCAGUGGAGAACUUCUUCUUGAGACCAGAGGUUUGGGUGUUUCUUCUCCUAGGGUUCAAGAAAGAACACUUGUUUGGUUUCGAGUUCCUUGCAUUGUAUGUAAAGUCUCUAGAUUAACUAUUUUUUGCUUGCUGUCAUUUGAUUUUAAGCAUAACUAGAUUUGGACCCGCGCGGUUUAUUUUUAUUUAUAUAAUCAUUUUAUUUUUAUGUCGAAAAUGAUGUAUAUUCAAAUGUGUAUAUGAAUUUUUCAAAAGUAAGUAUGUGAUUA